AUGAGGCCAGCAUUGCUGGCAUGGGCGCUAGCCGCCGUUUUCACGACAUCUUUUGCAGCACCGCCAGGUUCGCCCAAACCAGGAAAUGUAUUAUCAGAUGAUGCAGUCUCGGGAGAGACUCCGGCGGAGGGAGGAGAGGCAGUCGAAUACACAGUUUUCAACGGAAUCAAGGUACCUCCUAUGGUAGAGAUAGAAGGAAGCAAAUUCGCAGAGACGAUAAAAGAUGGCUACUGGUGGGUCAAACAUUACUCGCCGCAUUGCGUGCAUUGUAAAGCCAUCGCACCUCACUGGCAGACGCUUUACGAGUUCUAUGCGACAUCCGAUCCUCUUGAUGGACUGACAAAGUCUGGUCAACCAGACCUCUCCUCUCCAAACAGCUUUCAUGGAUACUACAAUUUCCAUUUCGCCUCCCUUAACUGUGUAGCGUACGGUGACGCCUGCAUGAACAAUGGUGUGCGCGCAUGGCCGACGUUCCUGCUCUACAAAGACGGCGUGCUUGUUGAGAAGUAUACGGGUGAAAAAUCGAUGGACGGCUUCAGCAACUAUGUCGAAGAGAAACUUGAACAAAUCAAACCUGGAUCGAGACCGCGAGGAGGUGUCAAGGUGCCAAAGGCUGGCGCUAAGAGUGUCGACCGUGGAGCUUCCCCUGAAGUACCUCUUGCAAAGGACAAAGACGCCGCUGCAGGAGUUGCUGCGGGUUCUAAGCAGAACAAACAGCACCCGGCCGAAACAACAUCUGCUAUGUUGGCUUCUGAGACCGCAAGACUGGGCCGUCAGAACAGUGCCAAGUCAGGACUCAUGGCGAACCCCCAAGGUGUCUCUGUCCCAUUGACUCCAGAGUCAUUCCAGAAACUCGUCACCACCUCCCAGGAUCCUUGGUUCAUAAAGUUUUACGUUCCCUGGUGUUCCCAUUGCCAGCAUCUUGCACCCACCUGGUCUGAAUUGGCUCGCGAGAUGGAAGGCAAGCUAAACAUUGGAGAGGUCAACUGCGAACAGUCUCCUCGACUUUGCAAGGAUGCCAAGGUCAGUGGGUAUCCCACCAUUUACUUCUUCCGCGGCGGAGAACGAGUCGAGUACGAAGGACUUCGAGGCCUGGGCGAUCUUCUUUCCUUCUCCAACAAAGCGUUGGACAGUGACAUCAAGUAUGUGGAUGCCAACGGCUUCAAAGAAAUGGAAGAGACCGAGGAAGUGAUCUUUGUCUAUUUCUUUGACGAUGCCACCACAUCGGAAGAUUUUGCUGCUAUGGACCGGCUGACACUGAGCUUGAUCGGACAUGCGAAAAUUGUCAAGACAGACUCAGAGAUUCUGGCCAGCCGCUUCAAGAUUUCAACAUGGCCUAGGUUGCUUGUUUCUCGCGAUGGACGACCGACGUACUAUAACGCUCUUGCUCCCAAGGAUAUGAGGGACUUCCGACGUGUCCUUACGUGGAUGCAAUCGGUCUGGCUCCCGCUAGUGCCGGAGUUGAGUCCAGCAAAUGCAAGAGAGAUCAUGGCAGGCAAGUACGUUGUCAUGGGCGUUCUGAGCCGUGAUCGCCCUGAUGAGUUUUUGCAAUCACGACGUGAGCUAAAAAAUGCUGCGCUUGAAUGGAUGGACAAGCAAACGCAAGCUUUCCAGCUAGAACGGCAGGAAUUGCGGGACUCAAAGCAGCUCCGUAUCGAGGAGGCCGAAGAUCGCAAUGACCAGCGAGCUUUGAGACAGGCCAAGAGUCGUGUCAUCAGUAUCACCGAAGAGUCCUUUCGCAAACAAGUCAGUUUCGCGUGGGUUGAUGGGGUAUUCUGGGAGAGAUGGCUACGCUCAACCUAUGGCGUUGAUGUCUCGAAGGGUGAACGUGUGAUCAUCAACGAUGAAGAUAACCGACGUUACUGGGAUGUCACAGACUCGGGGGCCUUUAUUGUACCCUCCCGAACCUCGAUCCUUGAGACGUUGAACAGGAUCAUUGCCAACCCGCCCAAGCUUACGCCAAAGUCCACAAUUGGCACGUUUGAGAAUGUUUUCUUCCAGAUUCGAAACUUUGGCACUUAUCAUCCAUAUUUCUCUUUUGCCAUUCUGAUUGUCAGCGUGGUCCUGUUGCUUUAUGUUUUGAAGAAUGGAACAACUAUCAAGAGAAGUCUCAGCCGGAACAGUAGCGGCUAUUUCAAUCUCGAUGGCAAGGAAGGUCUACUGGGAGGUUCGAAUGGGAAAGCUGAUUGA